GGCACCGCCCCGCCCCGCCGCGCGCGCCCUGUCAGUCGGCGCGUGCCCGCCGGCAGGGACGGUCGCUCCGCGCCCGGGCUCCGCGCUCGCCGCCGCCAUGGCCGACGCCGCCGCCGCCCAGUCCCCCUACGUCUCCUCCUCUUCCUCCGCCGCCGGCCAGCCCGAGCCCGGCGCCCCUCACCCCCCGCCGGGGGCGCGGGACUGCAAAGGGGCCGGUUCCGCGUACUGUGCUGGGGGAGCCGGGGCGGCUCCGGGGGCUCCGGCGCUUCCCGCUCCGGCUCCGGCGGCUCCGGCGGGCGGCGGCGCCGGGGAGAAGGACUCGCCCGAGUCGCCCUUCGAGCUGGUCCUGGCCCGGGAGUACGCGGAGGCGCCGCUUGACGGGCCCUGGGCCGCCCGCGCCGAGCGCGAGCCGCUGGCCAAGAUCCCCGAGGACGGCGUCUGCGACUUCCGCGCGCCGCCCCGCGCCGGCACCGCCGGCACCGGCAUCGGCAUCGGCCUCGGCCUCGGCACGGCCGGGCUGCCGCGACAGCCCUCGGGCACCGCCUCCGCCCUCGAGGAGGUCUCCAAGUGCGUGCGGGAGAUGCACAGCUUCACCAGCGAGCUGCUCCACUGGGACCUGGCCGAGCGCGCCGGAGCCGCCACCGCCGAUCCCGCCGCAGCCGCCGAUCCCGCCGCAGCCGCCGCCCCCGAGCGCCCGCCGCCCCCCGACGACGCCGACAGCUCCGGCGACUCGGACGACACCGUCAUCGAGGACGCGGCGGUGCCGGCGGGAAGCGGCGGCGGCGGCGACGUCCCGGCGCGGGAUGGGGUCCCGCCGGAGCGGCAGCGCCCGGACGGCGCCGGCGCCGAGAGCUUCGCGGCCUUCAUGCGGGAAUGUCUGCACGCGGGCGGCCGAGCCCCGGAGCAGCCGCACGGGGACGGGGACGGGGACGGGGACGGGGCCGCCCGGGACUUGGAGCAGGAGCGGCUGACGAUCCGGGCGCUGCGGGAGCUGGGCGAGGAGCCUCCCGUGACCCCCCCGGAGCCGCCGGUGACCCCCCCGGCGCCCGCCGGCCCCCCGCCGCCCCUCGCCGAGCUGCUGGCCGCGCUCCCAGCGCGGGAGCUGCUGCUGUGGCGGGACGCGCGGCGCACGGCGCCCGUCUUCGGCGCCAGCCUGGCGCUGCUGCUGUCGCUGGCGGCCUUCAGCGCCGUCGCCGUCGCCGCCCACCUGCUCCUGGCCCUGCUCGCCGUCACCAUCGGCCUCCGCCUGUGCCGCGCCGCCGCCCAGGCCCUGCGCCGCGCCGACGACGGACACCCCUUCAGGGCCUACCUGGAGCGCGACGUCUCGCUCUCGCCCGAGGCCUUCCGGGCCUGCGCCGCCGCCGCCCUGGCGCCCCUCAACCGCGGCCUGCGCUGCCUGCGCCGCCUCUUCCUCGUGGAGGACCUGGUGGACUCGCUCAAGCUGGCCGUGGUGAUGUGGCUGAUGACCUACGUGGGGGCCGUCUUCAACGGCAUCACCCUGCUCAUCCUGGCCGAGCUGCUGCUCUUCACCGUCCCGCCCGUCUACGAGAAGUACAAGACACAGAUUGACGGCUACGUGGGCACCGCCCGGGAGCAGAGCAGGGCGCUGGCCGCAAAGAUCCAGGCGAAGCUCCCGGGUUUGGCCAAGAAGAAGCCGGAGUGAAAGAAGCCGCCGGGGCCGGGGGGGGGCUGAGGCCGGGCCGGGGCCCCCCCGCGCCCCCCCCAAGCCAGGCCCCCCCCCGGCCCCCCCCCGCCCCUCGGCGCUUCCUCCCGUCCUUCUUCUCCGUUUUUUAAUGUUAUUUUCGCCGCCGAGGUGAAACGUCUGUAACUGCUGUAAACGCUGCGGGGGCCGGGGGGGGCCACCGCCGCCGUGUCCCCCCCCCCGGGGUCACCGUGACCCCCCCGAGGCGGCGGCGGGGCCCCGGCGUCCCCCCGCCCGGCCCUGCCGCGCCGGUAAUAAAAGCUGCGCGCCGGA